AUGCUUUACCUCAACCUCGCGCUGACCUUUUUCUCGACCCUCGCCCUCGCCGUCGAUGUUCCCUCCCGACAGGUCGACAUCYUCGCCUGGCCUCUCCUAACAACCAAACCUCAAACGCUUGCCCAAAUCACAUACACCCCCACAAACGCCUCCAUUAAAUCCUUCACUCCACCCUCAAUCCCUUCAAAUUCAGAGAUUGUUCGCAUAGGUUUCCACCAUAAAUCGGGAGAAUGGUCGGGGAUUGCCACGGCUGCUGAGAAUCUCUCCGCAGAGAAGUUGAAGACAUUACUCUUACACGUGAGACCGGAUGGGGAAUUAUACCAUGUGGGCUGGAAGGUUGGAAAGGAGCCUGUGAGCCAAGGGAAAGGAAAGAGUUUUGUUGGAAAGGAAGGGUUUGCGGUCGAGGUGGUGCAGAUGCAGAGGGGGCCUGUGCCCUCGUUGAAUAAGCCCGUGGUUAUUAGUGCCGAUGGAGAGGAGGCCAAGGAGCCAGAGAAGUCUUUCUUGCAAAAGUACUGGUGGGCAUUGGCGUUGUUCUUGGUGUUUCAGGUGGUUAUGGGUGGGUCGAAGGAGUAG